UAGUGUCAACGUGGUGGAGCUUGAAUCCCAAAUUGAAUCAAGUUGAACGAAAACUCAAUCAUGCAACUUUUACUUAGAGGUCUGAUUCCCAAGCCCGCUUCUCCCCGCUUGAAAUUAAGACAAUUCAGAAGAUGUAAUAGCAGUGUCGCUAGAACAGUAACCACCAUAUCUUUACCACAACUACUAGAUGAUGCAAGAGAUUGUUUUGGAGAAAAUCCAAUUGUGUUAAGAAAAAUUGACUCAAUCAGAAACAUUGCUCCUUCUCGUACGAUAAAGGACUAUACAAUAUUUGAGCCAAAGACUAUCUCUCUGGGUAUCGUGCAGUCCACUGAUUUGAAGCCAGGGCUGUUUGUAGACUCUUUGGUUGUUGAUCCGUUGUCUAACGAUAACAAAUACGAUGAGUUGAUAAAGCAGUUCCGCAAGUCACAUCCAACAUCUAAUAUAAAGAUAAUUUAUGGUGCUAACAGUGAGGCGAUCAAGGGAGGAGUUUUCACGUGCAAGUCUCCCAUAUUGAACCACGAGCUCCGUUUGAUACAGGAUGCUAAACCUGGUGAUGGUUUGGGGAAAACUUUGAACCGUGAUUUGUUUAAUGACCUUUCGUUCAUUGAAGUCAACGACAAGAGUUUUAGUCAACAUGCUAAAAUUGAAGGAGCUGAUAGUUUAAAUUUCAACACUACUCCACAAGAUAACCAAAUCACGCAGUCAGAUUGUCACAUUUGGGUCUAUGUUACAUCGCCUAACGAGAGCAUUGAGAAGAUCAAUGAUUCACCUUACUUCACUAUAAUAAAUGAAUCACAAGAUUUGUCUGUAGGCGGCAGAUUGAUGGAAAAUCAUGAUCCUAAUACUUUUGGAAUUGAUCUCGACAAGUUAAAUAAAGCCAACAUACUAGUCUCCAAAAGCAUAAAAAAUGUCUCGAGAUACUUGACUUUGUACCAACAAUCCAACAUUAAUGAGCUACUAUUCACGUUGAAUAGGGAAACGUCUGGAUACAAGCCGUUAGUUUUACUUUUGCGCAGUUUGCUUAGAGAUUUACACAUGCAAGAGUCUGACGAUGUUAAAAUUGCCAGGCAAUUAAAAGAAGAGAUAACCGUAUGGGCGCAGAAUUCACAUUUUGAGUUGCAGAGCAAGGUGACCCCAUUUCUUGAACAUAUUUUAUUAAAAGAGCUUACUAAAAUAAGCCAAUUGAUAAUCAAUUCAGGAGACCUCACUCUUGUCAUAUCUAACUUGUUGAAUGGUACAAGAGCACCGCUUAAGACUGGUUUUUUUGGCAAAGAGAUCGCAUGCUAUGGUUCAUUGGAAGAAGCAACCGCCAAGUCACACUAUUUGGAGGGAAGAAUUGAUGCCCUUUUCCCCGAGAACGAGGUGCAAAAACCAGAGGAAUGCGUUGAUGAUUUUAUGGUUCAAUUGAAAGGAGAUGUUGCCAAUAAAAAGUUGCCAGAGUUACAAUCUCGUAUAAACAAAUUUUUAACCCAAGAGAUCAUUGCAGCCCCAUUUACGAUAUUCACGUUGUGCAAUGUUGGAUAUUUAUAUGAUCUCAUAACACUGAACACUGCUUUUGCAGUGACAGCAUUGAGCAUUGCGCUUACAGCCAAUACUUCACAGAAGAAAAUAAUAUCGAUUAUUUCGGAAUUUAAAGACUGGUAUCUAGAGAAACUCAGAUUGUACAUUGACAACACCACUGUUUUCUUGGGGAAACGUCUUAAUGACAAUAUUGCUUCAUAUGAAACUACACAGGCUAAGAAGAAGCAAAUCAUAAAGGAAUUGCAGUCUGCAAUAUUAGAGAUAGAGAAUGCAGAUAAGAUGUUGAAAAAUCGUAGUGCUGUAGUCGUAGAGAAGACAGGUGUGAAAAAAACGUCUGAAAGCUGUAAUUAUUUUACUUCUCCCUUAUGUAUAACCUGAC